AUGAUUAGAGAUUGUCUGAUGAGAGUCGACGCAACUACUCGUCUUGCGACAAGUUCAGUCGGAUCUGUUCCUGCACCAAGAACGAAUGUGAGAGCCAAUAGUGGGGGAGUAACUUUGAGACAAGACCGGGUUUUUGCAUUAGUACCUGGUGAUGUACAGAAUACCAAAUCAGUGGUGUCAGAACCUAUGAAUUAUUUACUGUCUGUUUCUACACUAUCUGGGAGUUCUAUGAUAUGUACUUUUGUUUAUCCGGCAUGUGAACUAAUGUUGAGGGGAAAGAAGUUGUAUGCAAAACUGUCCAAAUAUGAAUUCUGGCUUGACAGCGUAGCAUUUUUGGGACAAGAGAUUGACAAGGAUGGUAUAUCAGUGGACCCACAGAAAAUUGAAGCCAUUGUAGACUGGCCAAGGCCAACCAAUGUAUCUGAAGUUAGAAGUUUUCUAGGGCUUGCAAGCUAUUAUCGUAGAUUUGUGAAAGAUUUCUCCAAGUUUGCCUUGCCAUUGACUCAACUGACUCAGAAAAAUGUACCAUUUGAUUGGAAUGAUUAA